CCGCGUGCCCGUUGUAUAAUUAGUUGAAGGAAAAAAGCAGGAAUGCGGAGCAAGAUAGAAACGGAAACGAGAUAUCAACACUGAUAACCAAGUUUAGAUUUUUUUUGAGAGAAUUGAACUCUUCUACGUGCUCGAAAGGAGAUCAAGUAUGAAAAUAACCAAUAUAAAUACGAUUAAAUAAAUUGACAAAAGCAUAGGUUAAAAAGUAGAAUUGGUUGGAAAGAAUUGGUUGGUGAAUGUAUAAGGAGAAAAAGAGAUAUAAAGCUUGAAGUGGGUGCAACGAAAGUAAAGAGAGAGGAGAAGCUAGAGGUGGCAGUGGAAGUGGAAGAAGUGUAAGUGGUGGUGGUUGGAAUAGUAGUGGUGGUAGUAGGAGAGAAGCUACUAGGAGGUGGAGGUAGCUUGGGGAAGGUUUGCCAGCCGCCGGAAGAGCAUCGACGGCGACGGGGGCGGGGAAGCUGUUCACCGAACGGAACGACCGCUCGGUGAUACGAACAGCGAGUCGAACGGUUCCCCAAACGAAUACGGAUAUAUCGAUCAUCGACGAUAGUUGCCGAUUUUGUGCUAGUCGGCAUUCAACGGCAGGGGUGGAAGGUGGCGGAGGAGGAGGUGGCGGUGGCGGUGGUGGCGGUGGUGGAGGUGGUGGUGGUGGCGGCGGCGGCAACAGUGACAGUGGUAGUGUCGUAGCUAGUGGUAGUGGCAGUGAUAGUGAUAGCGACGGUGAUUAAAAAUAAGAGAAAGCGAACGAGCGACGAGGGAAACUGAUAUAAUUUAGAAAAGAACAAAAGGACAGUAAAUAACAAGAAUGGCAGAUCCAAGUCAACAACAACCAUUGACCGAGCCGCAUACGAACGGAGUAAUGGACGGUUUGACAGAGGAAGAGAAGAGUAAAAUGCGGCCUGCAGACAUUGAUGCGGAUAUGAGGGAGAUGGAAAGGAGGAAGCGAGUCGAAAUGAUGAUGAAUUCACGACUUUUUCGGGAGGAACUAGAACGUAUAAUUGAGACACAAAUGAAAGACGGUGCUGGACCAUCAGGUCUGCUACAGCAAAUCUCUGACAUGAUGGGUGCACAAGGUGCUCGGUUUAACGGAAAUGUUUUUAAAAAUUCAAAUUGUGUAUUACCUAUCAACGAUAUACGCGGUGUCGAAAGUAUGGGUUACGCAAAGGGAGAGAAACUAUUGCGCUGCAAGUUGGCAGCGGUAUUUAGACUGCUUGAUCUCUAUGGUUGGACUCAAGGUGUCGGUGGACAAAUUACGGCACGUUUGAAUCAAGAUCAAGAACACUUUUUAGUUAAUCCGUAUGGUCUGUUAUAUCAUGAAGUUACUGCUUCAAGUUUGAUUAAAGUUGACAUGCAAGGAACGGUUGUGGAACAAGGAACAACCAAUUUUGGGAUUCACGUGGCAGGAUUUCAAUUGCAUUCAACGAUUCACGCCGCUAGACCCGAUAUAAAAUGCAUUGUUCAUAUUACCACUCCGUCCGUUACUGCUAUCUCGUCAUUAAAGUGCGGAUUGCUACCAAUUGGACAAGAGAGUAUAGUAAUAGGAGAGGUAAGCACACAUCAAUAUAUAGGUGGAUUUUUUGAACCAGAGGAGAAAGAGAAGAUAGCAAGAAAUCUUGGUCCAAUGAAUAAAGUCAUGCUGUUAACUAAUCGUGGUGCUCUCUGUUGCGGAGAAACUGUCGAAGAAGCUUUCUUCAAUGUUUACAAUAUGGUCCUAGCUUGCGAGACCCAGUUGAAACUAAUGCCUGCUGGUUUGGAUAAUUUAAAUCUUAUUUCUGAAGAAUCUAAGAAAGCUAUAUUUGAAGCCUCGAGAAAGCCACCCACACCGCAACAAACGGCUCCGAUCACCGAAACCACAGCUCUUUCUGAAAAACUCGAAAAGCGUUGGCGAAUCGGUGGAACUGAAUUUGAGGCACUUAUGCGGAUGCUCGAUAACGCAGGUUUCCGUACUGGCUAUAUAUACAGAAAUCCACUAGUGAAAGGAGAACUCCCGCGGCCUCGAAACGAUGUUGAAGUACCACCUGCUGUCUCGUCUUUAGGAUAUUUACUUGAAGAAGAAGAACUUUACAAACAAGGGCUCUGGAAAGGUGGUCGUAAAGGUACAGAUAGGUCACGUUGGUUGAAUUCACCCAAUGUAUACCAAAAAGUUGAAAUACUUGAAACAGGAACCCCUGAUCCGAAGAAAAUUACAAAGUGGGUAUCAGACGGAUCUCCGACCCAUAGCAGUACACCGGUGAAGAUCGACAGUGCCCUUCAAUUUGUACCGAAAAAUACCAAUCCAAAGGAAUUUAAACAAAUACAACAACAGAUAAAGGAUUACCGUAGGGCGGACAAGAUAUCAGCUGGACCACAAUCCCAUAUACUAGAAGGAGUUACAUGGGAAGAAGCUAAAAAAAUGCAGGAUGCUACUAUUAGCGGAACAGGAGAACAAGUAGUGUUAGUAGGGGCUGCUAGUAAAGGUAUCAUUCAAAGAGGGUUUCAACACAAUGCAAUGGUUUACAAAACACCGUAUGCCAAAAAUCCUUUCGACGCUGUUACUGAUCAAGAACUCGAUCAGUACAAGAGAGAAAUUGAACGUAAACAAAAAGGAGAUAUCUACGAUGAAUCGCAAUCAGAAUCGGAAGCAUUGUCAUCGUUCAAUGUUAGUCGCGCAACACACGAAUCAAGCACUGCCAAAAGUCCCAUUCAGUCACCAGUAUCGGUAACUUCGGAAACAGAAGAGGAGAGCAGAGAUGAACCCCGAGUACUACGAAUAGAAACGAAACAAGUGCCUGCACCAAGUCAGCCUGAAGUUGUGUUAAGUGACGAUCCUGGUUCACCGAGCAGGUACUGCAGUCAAACCGAGAACGAAUAUGAGAACAAGAUUGGAAAUGAUGCCUGUAUUAUUCAUAAGUACUGUCAUUAUCCAGUUACUGAACAAUAUCCAUACGAACCGCGUUUAGAAAUUGUUCGAAGUGACAUAAUCGCAGAGCGACUAGUAAUUAAAUUAAUUGACUACUGUCCUUAUCCUUCAGUUAUGUCAAUUGAUAAGCAAAUAAAUUACACGGAAGAUGCUCUUGAAGAAAUUUCAAAUUCAGUUAACUUUAGAAACAAAAAAUCACAAGAAGAAUUGAAUGAUAAAAGAAAACCCAAAGUUCGUAGAUCACUGAAAUUGAAAAAUAAUGAAAAUUCAUUGAAGUUUACGUCUUCUAACAAAGAAACGAAAGAAAGAAAUAGAAAUGAGAAAACGAAUUUGAUAUCGGUUGAUACGAAUUCUAUGGAACGGAUUACCGAAAUAGUGAAUUAUACUGAUUCAAAUAUUCCAUCAAUAAAAACAAAAUUGAACACUUUGUUUCAACCUAAAGUUAAAAUCUCAACAAAGUAUAGCUUAGAUUCUAACGAUAUGAAUUUAAUAUACAGUUUGACUCCAUUUAUGAAUUCAGAUGAUCAUGAGAAUGUUGAUAAAAUGAUUUUAAACGAAACGUCGAAGUUAACAACACUUAUACCAGAAUCUAAUGAUAAUCUGAAUCAGAAUUGCUUUUUGCAAUCGAACGAAGAGAAAAGUCUUCAAAAUCGAUGGAACAAAAAGGAUUGCGUAGAUGAGAAAAUUGAUAAUUACAUUUGGUUCGAUUCAUUAUUUGACAGUGAAAAGUAUGACCUUUGUAAAGAUAACAAAACUAUCAAUAACGAUAUAUGUUUUGAUAAUGGACAAGUCGAAAUUCAUUCGAAUGAAGGAUCUGAUAUGUUAGAACUGUCCACUAAUGCGGUUUUAGAAUUGUUGGAAAGUAGCGAAGAAUAUUUUCGAAAUGACAUAAGCAAUAUGGCGAAUGAGAUUAUUGCAGAACUUAAUGUGAAUGAUACAUAUAUGGCUGUUUACUGUUUAGUAAACGAAAUAUUUCAAAAAGUUUAUGACAUUGUAUCAAAUAUAGAGUUAAAUGAUCCACACGAUUCGUUGUCAUCUACAAUUUCUCGACAUUACUCAAUUUCAAAAUUGUACUUAGAUGUAAAAGAUGAUGAUCAAAUAACCAAAGAAUAUCAAAUUGAUCAAACUACACCUGUUGUCGUUGUACACGAAGUUAUUCACCAUGUGUAUGAUGUAUACGAUGAAAUUAAAAAAGCGAAGACCUGUGCAAACGUAGAGUUGAAAGAAAAAGAAAACAACAAUAUUAAUAACGAAAGAGAUGAAAUAGAGCAGCAAAUUGACGAUUUUCCAAUAAUGAUAAAUAAUGACGAAUUGGAAACAGCAUCUGACCUACAAGUUGCAUCGACUGUUACUCCUGAGAAUUUGGUUUUAGAAAAAAAUAAUCAAUUUGUUGAAACGGUGACAGAAGUGGAUGACACGAUGGAAUCAGACGCAAUUUUCGAAUUUCGUACAAUAGUGAAGGCGAAACCAACGAAUACUGAUGAAAAAGCAUAUGAAUUGAAUUUCAGAAUAGAGAGAAAUUUAGGUGCUAAUAACGUUGAAAAUAAAAAAUUACACGAGCAAGAGAAAGUUGAGUUUGAGCCAACUGUAAGUCUUGAUAAUCUCAUAAACAUAAAUUGGAGUACAAACUCGUAUAAUUCGGUCGAAAUUGCUUCAAAAGAAGCCGAAUUAAUAAAACUACCAGAGACUUCUACGUCUGUAGAAAUACCUAUUGAUGGUACUCAUUGUGUAAAUUCUUAUAUUUAUGAUUACGAUCAAGGAUGUUCUUCGUUAUCAACUAUAGGCGAAGAGGAGUCUUGGUAUAAAUUCUUGGAGGAAAAUGAUAUAAGUAACAAUGCAGAAGUUGAAGAAAAUCGACUUAAUGAUACUUAUAUAUGCUGUGAUUCCGAUGAAAUCGUAAAUGAUAAAGAAUUGUCUAAUCGUAGUUUAGAAAAUGUCAAUAACGCAUGUUCUCCUGAAAUGAUUCCAACAAAUAAUCAUAGUCCAUUUUAAAUAUACCAUUCAGCGGAAUUUAAAUCGAUAAUUUAAGAAAACCAAUACUAGAAUUUAGUUUUAUUUCAAAAAUGCUUUUACAAAUAAUAGCUUUCUCAAAAUUUUUAUUUUCUGUUUCUGCUUUCGUUUGCUAUAAACCAAAGAGAUUAUUUUAUUUAUCAAUUAUUAUUAUUUAUCAUAUUGCUUAUUUAUUUAUUAAAACUUUCAUCGUUCAUUUAUUUAUAGUUUCAGUACGAGCUUACAAUAAAAGAUGUAUAUCGUAUAGUUAUAUAUUUUAUCCAUCCAUCAAGCCAAAACUGAAAUUAUAAAACUACAUGUUAAUUUGUACGUUAGUACGUAAUUUUCGUCUAUUUAAUAUUGUUCAUAUUUGUAUUGUACCCAUUGUUCUUGUCUUGAUAGCUUAUGUAUUCUAUUUUUAGUUUCUUAGUUCUUUCUUUCUUUUUUAAUUUUUUACAUUUACUAAGAGGUACGUGUUUUGUAAGCAAGACAUCAAGUUUGUGAAAUAAACAAUUUUCAUAUAAGUAGUGAGAUAUAAAAGUUAAAAACAAAUCAUUUUAACAUUUCUAUUUAUUGUUGAUCAUAUUUGAUGAAUCAUAUUUGAAAUAUUCGAAGAAUAAACAAGAAUCAAACUUUGGUUUUCAUUUUUGAGGUAAGCGACUAUUAUGAUAUCGACGAUUCCUAAUAAAAUUCUAAUUUGCACACUAAAAAUACUUAUUCAAUUGUUAACAUAAAUUUCAUAUAGUAUUUUUUCUUUCUCUCUUCUCUGUCACUUAGGUGAAUUUUUUUUAACAAUAUAUGAUAUUUUUCACGUUAUGUUUCAGGGGAAAAUACUGUAAACGGCGAUCAUUCUGAUGCACAUCACAGUACAUUUUCUCAAAGUA